AUGGAGCCUGUGUUCGCUCAGGAGACGCAGGAGCUGGCGUCCAAGCGGCUGGACAUCCAGAACAAGCGCUUCUACCUGGACGUGAAGCAGAACGCCAAGGGCCGCUUCCUCAAGAUCGCUGAGGUGGGCGCGGGCGGCUCCAAGAGCCGCCUCACGCUCUCCAUGGCCGUGGCCGCCGAGUUCCGCGACUACCUGGGCGACUUCAUCGAGCACUACGCGCAGCUGGGCCCGUCGAGCCCCGAGCAGCUGGCCCAGGCCGCCGGGCCGCCGGGCGAGGACGGCGCCGGCCCCCGCCGCGCCCUCAAGAGCGAGUUCCUGGUGCGGGAGAACCGCAAGUACUACCUGGACCUGAAGGAGAACCAGCGCGGGCGCUUCCUGCGCGUCCGCCAGACCGUGAACCGCGGCCCGGGGCUGGGCUCCACGCAGGGCCAGACCAUCGCGCUGCCCGCACAGGGCCUCAUCGAGUUCCGCGACGCCCUGGCCAAGCUCAUCGACGACUACGGGGGCGAGGAGGACGAGCUGGGCGGCCCCGGCGGCGGCGGCCCGGGAGGCGGGGGGCUCUACGGGGAGCUGCCCGAGGGCACGUCCAUCACCGUGGACUCCAAGCGCUUCUUCUUCGACGUGGGCUGCAACAAAUACGGGGUGUUUCUGCGGGUCAGCGAGGUGAAGCCGUCCUACCGCAACGCCAUCACCGUCCCCUACAAGGCCUGGGCCAAGUUCGGCGGCGCCUUCUGCCGCUACGCCGAGGAGAUGCGCGACAUCCAGGAGCGCCAGCGGGACAAGCUCUACGACCGGCGCGCCGGCCCGCCGGGGCCCGGCAGCGGCAGCGGCGCCGGUGACGACUCCGACGGCGACGACGUGGACGACGACUGAGCCGAUCCCCCCAGCCCUCGACCCCGACGCCGGCCCCCCACCACCCCCCUCGAGCCCUGGGGCAAAGGGGUCCCCGAUCCCCCCUCCCAGUGACGGGGCAAAGGGGUCCCCGAACCCCCCUCAACAGCGAUGGGGCAAAGGGAUCCCUGAGCCCCCCCACCCUCUUCCUAGCGACGGGGUGAAGGGGUCUCCAAAUCCCCCACGAUCCCRCUCCCAGCAAUGGGACAAAGGGGUCCCCGAGCCCCCCCCUCCCCCAGCAGCGGUGAGGCACGGGGGUCCCCGAGCCCCCCGAGCCCCCCCUCCUGCCGCCACCGGAGAGAGAGAAACCGGCCCGACCGUGCCGCCGCCCGCGGCCCCCCUGCCCCCUCCUCUGCUCCCACCAUGGGACCCCCCGGCCCCCAGGACUCGCUGCUUUGGGGGGGGACAGGGAGUCACCCGCAGCCCCCUCCCCUCCCGGUGCUUCCCCAUCAAAACCAGCACCCGAGUGCCCCGGAGCCGAGGGGCAGCGGCAGCGCCCGGCGGGGGCAGCGGAGGCACCUUGGACCAACGGCCGUUCCCUCGGCUUGUGAUUUUUCCUUCAUUUUCCUUUUUUUUUUUUUUCCCCUCUUUCCACAUU